AUCAUGAGGCCUUACCUUUCCUAUUAUAUUUAUGUGACGGCUUGCGGUUAGGAAGGUUUAUGUGGUGUCUCCACUCUGUCUCGUGCCGCUCCUCUCUUCUCUCCCUUUCUCCCCGUCCUCCCUCUCUCUCUUUUUCUCACUCACCGUCCCUCUUUCUCUCUCUCUACUUUUCUACAUACAUCUUCCUCCUGGGAACUGCGUCGAAUUGGAUUACGUCACUAAUUGGCAUUGUUGUUCGUAAUUACCGAUUGAGUCGCGUCAAAGUGAAACAGCACAUCAGAAACUUCAAAUCAGUGAGCGUGACUACGAACUGAGAGAGAGAGAUUGUCAUCUCUAGUGCUCUAAUUGUGCGCAUUGUCAGUGUAUUCUGUGAAUUUUCGGGGAAUUAGCGAAGUGUUCGGUGGAUGACAUCACACGUGUUGAGUAAAACUGAUAUAAGUAUACGCGCGGGUGCCGAGAAUCAUCCAAUGAAAAUGUAAAGACGCUGCUGAAUCGUGCUCCGAAUACCGACGUCAUCUGCCAGAAACGUGACCUUACCGCGCGCGCAUUUGGGUGGACACGUUUCGAUUCGGCCGGUAAGUGAUGUUGCACCGCCCCAAGCUCCGUGGAACACAUCCGUCCAUCUUUCUUUCUUGGUAUAAUGUGCGGCGUAACUUCGAUAGUAGGGUGGACAGAAGAACAAAACGGAUCUGGAGUAACUUGGCAUUUUGAACGAAGGUAUCACACCGAGGAAGACGAAGGACUCUGAUUAUUAUCUUCCACCACCACCUCGCAUACGCGUUAUACUCGUGUCUUUCUCUUUCUCUCUCUCUCUCUCUCUCUCUUUCUCUCUCUCCUUCUCUCUUUCUCUUUCACUCACACUCUCCACACGCUUAUUAAUGUUUCUGUAGUGCUCCAAUUUAUAAUUUUAUCCUCCUUCGGUAGUGAGACCAGUGUGAUAAAAAGUCAAAUGAUGUACAUGUGAUCCACAAUGAUGGUGGUAUGAUAUAUACAUAUAUAUAUAUAAAUAUAUAUACGUGUGCUUGUGUUGUCCAGCAGUGCGUGAGACGAGAAAAUUGAGUGAGAAAAAGAAAAUUUUACGGAGAAGUGCAAUCCCCCCCCCCUGAAGUGAUAAAUCUGUAUCUAUAUAAACACGUGUGCCAGAGAGAAGUGUGUCCGUACGAAGAGUACAAAGCAAAAUAAGUUUACGGUGGAAGAAGGACAGGGAAAAAUAAUCAUAAGUCGGCCGAGGACAACCAAAGGAAAACCAGUCAGCAGCAACGUCGAGAGGGUGACAUUAGCAGGUGGGACAGGCGGGAACAGUAGCAUGAGUUCGUAUUUCGCGAAUUCGUACAUCCCGGACCUGCGAAAUGGCGGGGUGGAACAUCCGCAUCAGCAUCAGCAGCACUACGGUGCGGCCGUACAGGUGCCUCAGCAGACACAAUCAGUUCAGCAGCAGUCUCAGCAAACCAGCGAUCCGUGCGAUCCGAGUUUGUUACGUCAAGGAGUCUCUACCCAUCAUUAUGGAACCACGGGAGGUCAACAGGACAUGCCUUAUCCGAGGUUUCCCCCGUACAACCGGAUCGACAUGCGGAACGCGGCUUAUUACCAGCAUCAACAGGAGCACGGGAGUAUGGACGGCAUGGCCGGUUACAGGUCGACGUCUCCGAGCACCGGUAUGGCUCACAUGGGACACACGUCAACCCCCAACGGACAUCCGUCCACGCCCAUCGUCUAUGCUAGUUGCAAGCUUCAAGCGGCCGCUGUCGAUCAUCAAGGUAGCGUCCUCGACGGGCCAGACAGUCCUCCACUCGUCGAGUCCCAGAUGCAUCACCAAAUGCACAGCCAGCACCCGCAUAUGCAGGCGCAGUCAUCGCAACAUCCGCAGCAGCAGUCGCAGCACCAACAUCUACAGGCGCAGCAGCAGCAUAUGAUGUACCAGCAGCAACAAUCUCAGACCACGUCGGGACAACAGGGACAAAGUGGUGGUAUGCACCCGCAACAACAGCAACAAGCUCAGCAGCAUCAGGGCGUUGUCGCGUCACCGCUCAGUCAACAGCAACAAGGCGCGUCCCAAGGUGCAGCGUCUGCAAAUAUACCGAGCCCAUUGUACCCCUGGAUGAGAAGUCAGUUUGAGAGGAAACGAGGUCGGCAAACGUACACGCGAUAUCAGACGCUAGAACUGGAAAAGGAGUUCCACUUCAACCGAUAUCUCACCAGGCGGCGACGUAUCGAGAUCGCUCACGCGCUAUGCCUGACAGAACGGCAGAUAAAGAUCUGGUUUCAAAAUAGACGGAUGAAGUGGAAGAAGGAGAACAAAACGAAAGGCGAGCCGGGCUCAGGUGAUGGCGACACAGAAAUCUCGCCGCAGACGUCGCCGCAGGGUUGAAAGAGCUCCGAGGAGUGGAACUUCUAAAGAGGUCUCAUCUCUCUCAGGGUCGUUAAUACCUUGUUUCCAGCACUACCUCUUCCCCCCACCUAAAACUCCAGUCCCCGUCGAUGACCUCCAAAUGACCCCUCAACAGCAAUGACGCUUAUUUUGUCGUGUUAAUCAUGUUGCUUGUACCAAAAAAAGAAGGAGAUAAGGAUGACGGCAGGAGGAAAUAGUGGAAGGAACCCGUAAGAGUGGCCGAUGACGAAUAAGACGGGCGAGAGAAGGGAAUUACGAAAGGGUGACGUGACGUGCGUAGAGGAGCAGGGAAGGGCAGCGAAACAAAGCGAAGAGCGCACAAAUCAGAGUCAGCGGAGGAUUUGCGGAGAUGUGCAUGACUUUAAUGUGGAUCAAGAUAAACGAAGAAACGGAAGAGAGAGCAAAACUGGAUCACAUGCUAAUCAGAACCGCAUUAACCUCUAUUACGUUUAAUCAAAUGUAAUUGUACUAAAGCCUAUAUAGAGAUAUGGAUUAAAAAAAAAAAAGAUGUACGUAGUUUAAUGCGAAAUCGCGAGAUCGAUGGCAGUAAUCCAAGUAGAAACGCAUGUUGAGAAUACGUGGUAUUCGGAGUGAUAGAUGUAAAAGAGCUAAGUCCGUUGAGAGAGAAUGAAAAUAUGUGCGUGAACCCAUUGUGCGUGAUAGAGAGAAGAAGAAGAUGAUGAUGAAGAAGAAGAACCGCGUUGAAAUCUUAGGAGAGCAUUUUAUUAUUUAUUCUCUUACGCCGUACUUUGUAGAGCCGGUAGGACGGUUAGUAGAUUAGGCAGUACGAAGAUGUCCGUCGCGUCUCUAUUUAGCGGUAGAGAUAAGCGGUUUAGUGUUCUUAGAGGAACUCGUUUAGAUAGAUCUUUCUCUAGUACCGCGGUGGCUCCAACAAGGAAUAUUUAACAUUCGUGCCAAGUAUGAUUUUCCGAACGCGUUUCUCGUAUUUUAAUAAAAAAAUAUCUGAGAGAGGGUCCGAGCAACGCCAGGAUAUAGCCGUGAUACGAAGAGAAACAAAUGGAAUCGAACAAAAAAAAAAGAGAAAAGUAUAGACAGAGAGAGAGAGAGAGAGAGAAACACAGUGCGGAGGAAGAAGAGGAGAAUCACACACGGGAGUUCAUACGUCUAACCCUGAUAACCCAAGUGAAACAAGUGCGUGCAAAAUCAAUUCCAUUGAAAUUCAGUGAUUUCUCGGGUGUGUCAAUCUGAACGAUCACGAAUGGAUGUUUCGAAUAUUGUAAUACGGAUCGGCGGCGGCAUGACCGUGGGACGGGAUAGAUUAGUGCUGAAUGAUGAAAGUGAGUUUGAGGAAACCGCGCCCUUCGGCGGAGCAGAGAGUCAAGCCGACUUGGCAUUUCUUCAUCGGCGUCAUCGCAAGGUUAGUCUUAUUGAAUGAACAUUGCUAGCGAUACACACAAUUAUCGGUUACGUUAGAUACGCAAAUAUCUCCCGUUGGAUCGUUCGCAUAACUGAUAAGAACAGUUAGCCCCCCUCCCCCGCGUUUUCGACGUAACAAAGACACACACACACACACACACUUCUGUCUCUCUCUCUCUCUCUCUGUGUGUAUGUGUGUGCGCGCGUGUGUGUACUUUAUUACGCGAGUUUUACUUUACACACAACGCACCAACUUGGAGAAAAUGCUUUCGCUACUUGUUUUUAUCACGUGCGCCGAAGAAACGUCUGUUUACGUUUGCUGACCGAUAAUUGAGAUGAUUUGCUCGUAUCAUGCACAUUGCUCAAUAUGACGGGUACGAUAACGAUGUACAUAGGCAGUCCUCUUUUAAUGAAAACGUGUCUGUUCGGGGGAGAAUGAGAAAAAGGAAAAGAGAUAUUUGAAUGUUCAACUUACGCGGCGUAUGUUUAUCGUAUAUUCUCGAACGAAUGUAGAGAACGUUUUAUUUGAUCCGGACGCGAUAUCUUUUUGUCAUUAACUAUUAUUGUAAGUAGCCGAAAAUCAAGCGACUUGUGCUUAUAAAUUUAUAUAUUUAAUUUUAGAAGUUUGCGAAAAAGGUCAAUUCGACGUUAAGGGUGUAUAAAUGUAAUAACGCGAUGUAUAAUAUCUUUUACGAUGACGGACACGUCGCUGAGUGAUCUCGAUUUAUUUCCUUUUACGCUGCUUCGAAAGCGGAAGACAUGCGGGGUAGCGGUAAACUCAUAUUCGUUUGCAAAGAGAGACUAUCCUUUUCUGUAAAUAUUUCAUGAGGAAAAGAGAGAGGAGCCGGGAAAGAAGGAAAGAAAGGGAGGAAAAAGUCAAGACGGGAAAGACACGAAUCUGUCCUCUGCACAUUUAGUAGUGAUCGAAAAUUUAACUCUUGCUCCGCGCGACGUGACGCCAAGUUACCAAGUGUUGUAAUACGUAGUAUAUUUUCGGAAUAGGAUGCUUUCAGCAUGAGACCGCUUGGCACCUUGAUAACGACUCGCAACUAAGUUCAAUUGUAAGCGAUUCCCCGUUUACGAUCACGGAGAGUAUCACACGAGAUACGCGUCAUUAUUAUUACUAUUAUUGUUCCAAAUUCGCCACAUCGUCUUACUUGAGUUCGCCGUUGUGUCGUUUUCUUUCUUCGUUUGCGCAUAGCAACUUGUGACGUAGAAUUUCCCCAUCCCAUUCGUUUUCCCGACUGUUCUUCCAAUACAUCGCGAUAUAUCUCCCUCCCCCCUCCCCGUUCCCCCUGCUCAGCCGCUUCGCGGGUGAUAAAGGAAGGCACAAAUUAAGAAACCGAGGGAGAACGUUUAAUGACGGACAGCUCGAGAACACGAGAACGAUCGCGCGCCGGCAAUUAUCACCGGCGCGUAUCGGCUGCGAUCUCGCGUUCGCGCGCGAUAUGUCUGCAUGCGUGGUUUCGCCAGCUCGUGUGAGAUUCUCUCUCUCUCUCUCUCUCUCUCCUCUUCUUCUUCCGCUCUGAACGCUCGUUGUCCGAGAAAGAUCAAACUUCAUUCGUCUUCUUCGUGUUCCUUCUCACCGCGAAAACCGCGAUUACGGACGCGGAGAUACGAUAUCGCUCUCAUGAUCGCGACCGUUUUUGUUUCUGCUGCUUAUCCAUCACCGGGGAGAGGCGGUUUAUUAAGCGUGGCAAGCGGUAUCAGAGCGCGCUCGUCGAGCAACUUCGUCAAUGGACACCUGGUUCGAUCGAUUCGAUAAUGCGCCGUAAAUCGGUAGAUCCGGAGAACUCGGGCGGGCGAAAACGUGCCCCGGUAUACUCUCUCCGCCGCGGCGAAUUCUGUGCUGUGUUGUAAACUUAGAUUCGACAUAAUUAUUUAGUUUGUACCUUGUAUACACAACAAUUUGACGGUAUACGCGCGUAUACACGUAAUAAGCGACGUUAAGACUACCAGUACUCUCGAAGAUUGCGUAGUAGUCGUCGGCGUACGGUCGAAGUCGAUGUCUGGCCGCGGGUAGCCGCAUUUCUAAAAUCCGCUGUUGCACGGGAAUCCGCUCUUCACCGUUUUCGCAUUGUGGCAAAAGAAUGGAAAAGGGGCGAAGGGAGCGGCGACACGACCCUGUAAACCCUGUAAUCGAUAUACGUAACACAUGGUCCGGCUCGCACUCGCGCGUUGAUCGAGCAACCGACCAGCCUUUCCUUUUUCGAGAGAUUUAUUUAUGCAAAAGAUCCUUUGUCUUUGAGGAACAACGAACUAAAAGCGGGAAGCCUCGGCGGUCGCUCACUGUCGCCCACGUUUCACAACGGCAUUCGGAAAUUGCAGAACUGACUAAUUGCCGGUUUCGUAAAAGAAAAAGAAAGAAGACAUUUUUCUGUCACACGGCUUCGUUUUGUGAUUCCUCGUCUAAUUUUAACCUGCAAAUUAUUCAAUCGCGAACUCUUUCAUCGUGAUUGCCCGACGAACUGUUUCUGUGGACGCGUGAUGCGUAACCUUGCACGUUUGAAAUGGAUUUUUCGGUGUUUCACUGUAAAUAAACCAUGUGUGGAUUAACUUCGAUUACGUCAAUCGGUGAUACGAUUUGUGUGUGAGUCGAAUAACAGCCGGUAUUGAAACGCAAAGAGGAGGAUAUAUAUAUAUAUCGCUCAUGGCCAUCUUAUCAUAUUGUGUUACGACAUUGUGACCAAUGUUCUGGGCAAGUGUUUAAUUUCACGAAAAGACUUUGUUUCGAGGUAAAUAGAAGCGGAAAGUGAUUCAUUCAUAAACGCUCGAAAUAUUUAUCAAGAUGAUGCGCUCUGAAGAAAAGUUUAAAUUUCAGAUAUAAUAGUCCCGAAUUUGAUUAAUACGCUUCCGACUUGGUCAUGAUACGUCGAAGAAGUUGUAUAUUUCAAGAAGAGAAUAUACAUUGUUGAAUGAUACAAUGGUCCUCCCCGUGCAAACCGCAGCCAUCGUGAGCGAUCGCCGUGAACACGCGAACAUAAUGAAAGCAAAAUAAAAUUUUGUAUCCAUUGGAUAACGAAUUAUAUUAUUGUAGACAUAAAAAUACAUAUGAACGCGCGAAAUGGAAAUUCAUAGUAUUAACUGGAAGAAACAAAAUGUAAAUUAUAUAUUUUAUCUCUACUCGUAUAUAUACGCGUAAAAUUACAGAAUAUACGUAAAUUAAACCAAGUACUGUUAGUGUAUGCAAAGGUAGAAUUAAAAAAAAAAAGCUGAACGUAAAUGCAACAGCGCCUAUGUACGAAGUAUGUCACUAAGAUAACUCGUAAUCGAUAAACGUAACAUCUAAAGUCUAAUUCAUUAAAAGUUAAGGUUAAUAAUGUUUAGGAAAACGGGCAUGUCAGUCGCAAUGGGCAGGGGCGGCGGUCGUGAGACGGUAAUUAGAGAUUUUCGCCCAAAUAAAAGAGAAAGAAAAGUAAGAGGGAAAAGGGAGAAGCCGUAUCCGCCAUUUAACGUACACAUAUGGGAGGUGCGCAAUUCAAAUUUUAUUUAUUAUUGUCCACGGUAUGCGGGAGAAUGACGGCACUUGCAGAAUUGUACAUAACUCCGAUCUUUCUAACUAGGUUACGCGCGAAAAACUCUACGAGAUAAGUAGAACAAAGAAACGAAGAAAUAUAAGAAAUAAUGCUUGUCAACGAACGAGUAGCUUUCAGACCGUAAUAUUAUUUAGCCCGAUACUAUUUAUUGAUACUAUGUUAUAUAUAUAUAAACGCAA